AUGAACCUCUUCACCGCCGCCUGCGUCAACUUCGGCACAGCCAUCAACACUGAGAAGGUGGUGGUUAUGCAUCAACCGCCUCCUGGCACCGCCUACGUCGCGCUUCAAAUCAACGUGAACGGCGCCCAACUGCAAGUCGUGGAUAACUUUACCUACCUAAGUAGUACCCUUUCCCGCACCAUCAAAAUCGAUGACGAAGUGGCCCGCAGGAUUUCGAAAGCCAGUCAAGCCUUCGGUCGUCUGCAAAACAGUCUGGAAUCGCCACGGUCUCCACCUCAGCAGCAAACUGAAAGUGUACGAGGCGGUCAUUUUGCCGACGCUGGGAUUAUAGUUAAUGGUUAGGGUUAGAGUCAAGGGUUAUAGCAACUAUUUCUCAACCAUUGAAAGUACAACCACGCACUUCCAAUAGCUUUUCUUUUGCAUGCAACUACUUCACCUCGUUGUCUGUGUUCCCCGGCUCCAACUGUAAAAACCCCUAUUAUUAGCGGUCCCGUAUUAGAGGUGACUGAGGUUUGCUUACUUCAGGUGGGGAUACUAAACAGCAUCCGACCGGACGGUGUACAAGAAGGAGGUGCGGGGAAUCAACCAAUUCCACUUCAGCUGUCUCCGACGGACAUUGAAGCUGAGAUGGCAGGACCGGAUGCUCGACACGGACGUACUGGAACUGAUGGGACUCCUCAGCAUCCACGCCAUGCUGAGACAACUGUAACUGCGCUGAAGCGGCUACCCAAACGACCCUUUGCUGAGAUGUCGCCACGGGUUUCCGCCGACAGAGAGGCCAAAUCCGUCGCUAGAAGGAUACUCUGAAGACCUCGCUGAAGCGCCUGCAAAUCAACCUGGCCAGCUGGGAGGACCUCGCUCGAGGCCGACCGACCUGGAGGAGGACGGUGAAGACCGGCGCAGCGGUCUACGAAGCCAAGCGCAUCACUGCCGCCAAAGCCAAACGCGGGGAUUGCAAAUCUCAACUAAGCCCACCUCUCAUCGCCAAGUCUCAACCACCCCGACCUGCUCACGCUGGCAGCGGACGUUCCGGGGGUGUGGAGUGGGGCACCAAUAUGCGGGCUCGGCCAUGCCAUCCGCCUGCGCGCUCCCCCGUCUCCGGUCUUCUUAACUCUCUCUUACUACCGGGUCCAUGUAGGGGAGGAGAAGAGAGAGUGCGGUGGAUGCUGUGCAAGCCUACGUUCACUAUUAAAUAA